GUUUCCGGACAAUUUCGGAAGAGCGCGCGGUUUUUCGAACUGUUUGUAAUUCGCUUCACUGACUUGGUCUUGGUUGGAGGUUUCUAAAAAUAAAUUAAAUCCAGGACCAUGGUGACAUGCAGUGCAGAGAAGGAGCUGUUUUUGGCAGCUUGCCAAGCAGAAGAAUGUCAGUCCUUUUUGGAGUUCAUGGAAAAACAUAAAUCCAAAUCUGAUGACUUUAACAUCAGUGAUUUGCUGUUGAGUGUCUCUCGGAAGCAACAGGAGAAGCUUUGGGAUGGACUCUUUGAGCUCUGUGCAAGGACGAUGGCCAAACUCAAUCCAUCUGCUGACCCUGUUGAGCAGUCAACACUGGAUGAUGUCCUUAAGUGUCUACAAGGAAUUGUGACAGUAGGAACAUGUUGCCUGAGUACAGAGAAACCUGUUAUUGUGGACAAGAUGCUUGAAACUAUGACAGUUUUACAUGGUGUACUUCUUGACCUUCCAGAUUCAGCAAGCAAGCUGCAGCAUAACAUUGCAAAAUUAUGUCACUCAUGGUGGAAUGAUGAUUUACCUGGGCGAGAACUCCUUGUUCCAAACACCAUUAUGUAUCUACUGGUGAAAACACUUCAGCCCAGUGGCAUGGUAUCGGAUGUGAGACUUCUAUAUUCCAUGAGGAAAUCCUUCUCUCAGCUCAACCUAGCUGAUGAGAGUAGUACUUCACUCAAAGAACUACUAGAGCAGUGCUUCAUUAAUUCUAUCUUCCUGAAGAAUGAUGAUGGGCGUAAGUUCUUGAGCUUUCUCUUGUGUUUAGACUGUGAUCUCACAGAGCGUCUUCAUUCAGCCAUUAAGAAUCAGCUACCAUCGUGUCCAAAGAAUACGAUCAAUUACUAUGGAGAGGUGUACUUCAAGGCUUGGCGGAAAUCUACGCCCCCUCUGACAGCAAAACUAGAGACCAGCUGUAUUCAGGACUUGAUGCACUCUGCUGUACACGCAAGACGUGUAGGGACUCGAAACCUCUCACUUACUCUCAGACAGCUUUUAAGCUACUUCACCAAGCAGAAGAGACAGCAAGGAGUGGACAGCAUGCUACUAACUCUGUAUGAACCCAUUCUAUGGAGAGCUUUCAAGGUUGCUAAUGCAUCUGUGAGAGCCAAUGCAGCAGCCCUUCUCAUUGAUGCCUUCCCUCUCCAAGAUCCUGAAUCUAAUAAAGAAGAGACUGAUGCACUUCUCCAGAAACAGAUUGACAUCUUACAAGGUUUCCUUACUGACCAAUGUCCUGUGCUAAGAGUAACUGGUGUCCAGGGAGUCUGUAGGAUCUUAGGAAUGUACUGGGAACUGAUUCCAGCCCAUGUCUUGACUGCAUUCCUAACUAAACUCAUCCAAGACAUGGCCUUUGAUACAAGCUCCAGUGAUGUCAGGGUGUCUGUUUUCAAGGGUUUGAUGUUUGUGAUUGACAAUCCUUUGAGCCAUCCUCUGCUAAAGAACUUGCUCCCAUCUCUGAAAAACUUCAUUCAUGACACCUCCGAGAAGGUUAUCGUGGCUUUUGUUGAUCUCUUGAUAAAGGUCAAAGGUCUCAAGACAAUCAAGGUGUGGAGUAUCGUCCCAGUGGAAGACCUACUGGCUAGACUUGAGGUAGAUUCACCUCCUGUAUCUCGUAGGAUCGUCGACCUCCUCUUCAAGUCAUUCCAACCAACAGACCGUGAUGCUAGCGUUCAGAUAGAAAGAGUAAUGGCUCUUAUCUGUAUGAAUCCUGGUGCAGCAAGGGUCUUCUACCAGUAUGCCCAUAAGCACAUGUCUGUUGACACUGCAGCCGAUUUCAUGUUACUCCUGUCCCGCUGUUUGCGAGGCUGUAUCAACCAAGAGGAACAUCAUAACUCCAUGGUAUCUGCAGGCGGAGACAACUCAACAGAGGAGGAGGAAGAAGAGGAAGAGAGGGAGGGCCUCUCACUCAAAGAUACAGAUGUUAUUGAUGGGAUGUUAGAGAUUAUUGUUAUUCUUUGGACUGGCAUUGCCCAACAACUAGCGAAACCAGUGAAUCAGUCAGUCAUGCAGAAGCUUGUUCACCGAUUUGGCAAAGAUCUACCAAGAUUUUUGACCACUUUCAAGGAUGGGAGAUCUCUGUCUGCAGUCCUCAUACUUGUCUCCUUUCUUCCUGCAUCGUCUAUUCCAGCAUUUAGUCAUAGUUGUUUGUCUAAGUUGAAGAGCAUGGAUCCGACUGCUUCCCCUGAAGCAUACAGUCCCCUCAUUCAAUGCCUGAUAUCCUGGGGGAAGGGCAAUGAUGUCAUCAGGCUUCUCUCUGAUUGGCUAGAACUAGCCAUCAAUCAAACUGAUAAUGAAAAAGAAUCUGAAGAGGAGGAGGAGUCUGGAGAUCAGAUGUCCAGUAAGCUGAAGAAAAAGAGAGUGACUUUCAAUGAACCUGUUGUUAAACCUCAACCAAUAUUGGCCAUGGCUUACCUAGACUGGUUGCUUACUAACUACUCAUGCCGUACUCUACUGCUGGAUACAUCAGCAAAACCACUCGGAGAAAUGGCUACCAUUCUUAAAGGGGUUCUACCAUUGAUUGAGAAACGUCUGAUGAAUCCAGGGCCACUCAGUGACAUGAUGUCAGAUGAUAUGCUUACUAGCAUUGUAAAUGGAUACUGCAGAGUCAUCAUUCAUCUACAAUCUCUACAGAGCUCUGAGCCCAGUAGUCCCUCAGCCAGUGAAUUAAGUCAUGUUAGUUCUGAGUUUGAUGAGCUACUAGCUUGGUGUGACAGGGAGCUGCUGUCUGUCUUACCCCAGAGCUUAGGGGAGGAAUCCAGUGCUAAGGCUGAUGAUGGGAUCAGAAAACUAGCCAAAGAUUGCCUCAUGGUUGUAUUGAAGUUUGCUUGUGAUGUGGUAACUCUUGGAUUGGGAUCAGAUCUUUUCUACUCUCAUCUAGCUGAUUUUUGUCAUCUUGUUCUCAAAACAGAAGAUAAUAUGGACUUUGUGUCACUGGUGGCCAAGGUCAUGUGUCACAUUGGACGAGGAGGUUUGGCAAUGGAUGACAAACAACAGGACCUGGUAGCUGAUCUCUUUACCAAGUUCAUCAAAGCUAUAGGGAUAACAGCCAGUCAGAAAGAAAAGGAUACCUCUCAAAUGCAGCAGGCAUUAUCAAGCAUCAAGCCGGCCGUUUCUGACAUCCUCCGUAACAGCAGCAAGUGCAAUGUUCGUUUCCAUGAUGAUGUCCUAGCCUCCAGUAUGGCUGCUUGUGUUGGUGAGAUGACAAACACAGUAGCUCAGUCUGAAGGGACAUUGGAUGCUGUUCAGUCAGCAGGAGAUUUGCCACCUGUUUCAGGUUUCUUGGUUGGCAUAGUAUCCAGUAACAAGGAUCUGCUCAGGUCAUUUGUUUAUGAACUUGAGCGAUGUGUAUCAGUGGGUGCCUUACAGACCUACCCAACGCUCCUAGCAGCCUUUCACAUCCUACAUCCAUUGAGUCAAGAUAAGAAAAGAGGAGGUUCCUGUGGUAUCAAGGAAUGUCUGACAGCUUUAAGACUACAAAUGGAUAAACUCCAACCUUCCAAAGACCAAGAUGAAGAGGAUGAUGGACCCAACGAUCCUAACAGGUUUAUGUUCGGCCAGAUGCAGUCCCUUGAGAAACAGAUAUCAGAGGCUAUUGGAGGGGUUGCCUAGGUGAUACAAGUCUGGUAUAGUGCAUUGGAAUUUGAAUUUUGAAAUCCAACAGAAGUCAUGACUAUGGCAAUCAAGCAAGUUCAUUGGUAAUGCCGGUGCUGAAAAUUAGUUGGCAGUAUGGAAGGAGCAUGAUGCAUAUUGAUUGCAAUGAACUUAACAUUUAGGUGUUUGCUGAAGUGGUUUUAGAAUAAUAAGAAAUUAACUUAAGUCUGCAGAGGGUAAUAUAUGCUCAACUAGGGAAACAUGAUGGAUUACACUCGGCUGUUUUCUAUAAUUUCAUGAGCAUUCCUUUGCAGUGAACAUUUCUACUUCUAAUUGUCUUCUCAUGUAACAUGAAAAGAAUUUGAAAUGUCACCAUUGUUUCUCAGCUUUCCAAA